CUCUCAGCUCACCAUCAACACGGCCAUCGUCUACAUGCACCGCUUCUACAUGGUGCAGUCCUUCACCCAGUUCCACAGGAAUUCGGUGGUACCAGCAGCUGUGUUCCUGGCAGCCAAGGUGGAGGAGCAGCCUCGUAAGCUGGAGCACGUAAUCAAGGUAGCACAUGCCUGUCUGCAUCCCCAGGAAACUCCUCUAGAAACCAAGAGCGAGGCUUACCUGCAACAAGCCCAAGACCUGGUCAUUCUAGAGAGCAUAAUACUGCAGACCCUGGGUUUUGAGAUCACGAUUGACCACCCCCACACCCACGUGGUGAAGUGCACGCAGCUAGUGCGAGCCAGCAAGGACUUGGCGCAGACUUCCUAUUUCAUGGCUACCAACAGCCUGCACCUGACCACCUUCAGCCUGCAGUACACCCCUCCCGUUGUGGCCUGCGUCUGUAUCCACCUGGCUUGUAAGUGGUCCAACUGGGAGAUCCCAGUCUCCACGGACGGGAAGCACUGGUGGGAAUACGUUGAUGGCACUGUAACUCUGGAGCUCUUAGAUGAACUGACUCACGAAUUCCUACAGAUCCUGGAGAAAACUCCCAACCGGCUUAAACGCAUCCGGAACUGGCGGGCCUCUCAGGCAGCCAGGAAGUCAAAGGCCGACGAGCAGGGUGAAGAUGACAGCCUGUCGGAGCAGACUAUCCUCAACAUGAUUUCCAGGAACAAUAGCUCGGACAUGAACAUCGCCGGGUUAAUGAGCAUGUCGACAUCCUCCACCGCCGGAGCGGGGCCGUCUCUGCAGGCCACGGUGGAUUCACCCGGUGACCACAGCAGCGGGGAUAUGCCUGACCACUGGCAUCCUCCAGCCAGGCUGGAUACCGGCCAGAGCCACAGGACUAACGAAAGCUCUUCGGCUGCUGAGCAUCCCUUACAGCAAGAUGGCGCUGGUUAUCAGAAGCAGAGUGUCAAGAACGCCCCGUCGGCCAAAGUGUCGCUCAAGGAAUACCGGGCCAAGCACGCCGAGGCUCGGCAGCUGGAGAACAUGGAAGCCAACGUGCGAUCCCAAUACGCUUACGCCGCGCAGAAUCUCCUGGUCCAACAGCAGCGGGAGAGGGAAGUCCAGCAGGACAGCAACCCUUCUCCGAUCGUCCUGAAAAUUCCCAUGGGUGGCUCGGAGAACCCUCCCGGCCCUGAGAAGAGUGACAAAGCCUCGGCUCUGAAGCUGAGGAUCCCGAUGGCAGGUGGAGACAGACCACUGCUCCCCUCCAAGCAGGAGGAGAUAAAAAUGCGGAUCAAGGUGCCAACUGCUGCAGACAGGCACGGCUCCUCGGAGGAGAGCAGUGCCAAGAACCGGGAACACAAGGAGAAACACAAGGUCCACAUCUCGAACCAUCACCACCACCACCACAACCACCACUCUCACAAACACUUACACGCCCAGCUCGCCGCCGUCCCCAACCCCGUGGCGAACAAGCGGCCGGGAGACUCUAAACACAGCAGCCAGCCUAGCGCCGUGCCCCACAAAACCUACGGCCCCCUCAUCGCUGCCCGCAAGAGGCCCUUGUCGGAGGAGGCCGCGAGCGCGGCCCACGAGCACCAACCCAAAGUCAGCAAAGUCUCCAAAGGCCCCGGCGUGCCGUUCCCUUACCCCCACCUCCCCGGGCACGGCUCGGAUGCGGUCAACCUCGCUUUAACCCAAGCCAACAAAACCCGGGGACCCCACGGCAAAUCGGACAAGG